AUGGCCUUACGCCCAGCAGCGCUGGCGCUGAGCGCGACCAGCCCACUGCUCCGACGGGCAACGAUGCAGCCCGCGACGAUGCAAUCCAUCCUUCGGCUCGCGACCUCCUCCGCUCGCCCGACCGCCACCGCCUUCACUCGGACCCCCGGUCUGGGCCUCGCACUCCAGCUUCAGCAACAGCAACACCAGUACAGACUCUUUGGAACCAACAAUGCCAUCUCGCGCAACCUCCUCGCCACGAGGGAGUCAGCGGCGAACAGGAACCCCGGCAGCGCGACCGCGCAGAACGCAUUCUACCAGCUCCUCCUCAAGGCCAACAUGCCCGCCAUCGUCAUCGAGCGCUACAACUCUGGCCGGUUCGCGAGAAACGAUGCGGUGGAUCAGGCAUACGCGCAGGCGAUUGGCAUGCAGAGCACCGGUGCCGUUGGCGGGAUGGGGGGCCACGACCACCUCCCCUCCGCCUUUGGCAACGCCGGCUCGCUCGGAGGUCAGGAGCUGAACCAGCAGUCCCCCGGGAACCUUAGCCAGGCGCAGCUGCAGGCUGUUGGUCAGGCUCUGGCUGCGAGGUCGCGCGAUUCGAACAUGGCUACUGCGAAGGUCCAGGGCAACGGCUUGCCGACUAGCCCGCUUCACGUGGUUGUGGACGAGUCGUUUGGCGGUGUCAUCUUCCGUUGGGUCAAGUUCGUCUUGUGGUUCUGUCUCUUUACGUAUCUCAGCUUGGUCGUCGUCACGAUGCUGGUCGAGGGUCUCAACCUUUUCAAGCGACCCGGUGGCAAAGUGGACAGCGAGGCCAAGGCCGAGAACCAGACUACCCGAUUCGCAGACGUGCACGGCGCCGACGAGGCCAAGGAUGAGCUCCAGGAGCUGGUCGACUUCCUCCGCAACCCCGACAAGUUCUCCACCCUCGGCGGCAAGCUGCCCAAGGGUAUCCUGAUGGUCGGACCCCCCGGUACUGGUAAAACUCUUUUGGCUCGCGCCGUUGCCGGUGAGGCUGGCGUUCCCUUCUUCUACAUGUCUGGCAGUGAGUUCGACGAGGUCUACGUCGGUGUCGGUGCCAAGCGUGUCCGCGAUCUCUUUGCCUCCGCCAAGUCCAAGUCUCCCGCCAUCAUCUUCAUCGACGAGCUCGACGCCAUUGGUGGACGCCGCAACACUAGGGAUGCCGCCUACCACAAGCAGACGCUCAACCAGCUGUUGACGGAACUGGACGGUUUCGAGCAGAACAGCGGUGUCGUCAUUAUCGCUGCCACCAACUUCCCGGAACUUCUCGACAAGGCUCUUACCAGACCUGGACGUUUUGACCGCCACGUCACCGUCCCCCUGCCCGACGUCCGCGGCCGUAUCGAGAUUCUCAAGUACCACGCCAAGAAGAUCAAGGCCGCCCCCGAGAUUAACUUUGAGGCCAUUGCGUCCAGCACUGGUGGACUCUCCGGUGCCGAGCUCGAGAACAUUGUCAACCAGGCUGCCGUCCGCGCUAGCAGGCUCAAGAAUGUUGCCGUCUCCAUGACGGACUUUGAGUGGGCCAAGGACAAGGUCAUCAUGGGUGCCGAGAAGAAGAGCAUGGUCAUCAGCCAGAAGGAGAAGGAGAUGACUGCCUAUCACGAGGCCGGCCACGCCCUGGUGUCUUUCUACCAUGAGAGCGGUCCCAACAAGCUUUACAAGGUUACGAUUUUGCCUCGCGGCCAGAGUCUCGGACACACUGCACACCUUCCCGAGAUGGACAAGUACUCGUACACGACGAGGGAUCUUAAGAGUCUCAUUGAGACUUCUCUGGGUGGAAAGCUUGCUGAGGAGCUGGUUUACGGCACCGACAAGGUGACCACCGGUGUUUCAAGCGAUCUCAAGAACGCCACCAACCUGGCUUUCCAGAUGGUCGCUCUCUACGGCAUGUCUGCCAAGCUCGGCCCCGUGGAGUACGGCGAGCGCUACAACCAGCUCAGCUCAGAGACCAAGGCAGUCAUCGAGUCAGAAGUGCAACGUACCUUGACGGAGUCAUACGAGAAGGUGCGCGAGCUGCUCACGUCAAGGCGCAAGGAGCUCGACCUCCUGGCCAAGGCUCUUGUCGAGUACGAGACGCUGGACAAGAACGAGGUGGAGAAGGUGAUUCGCGGCGAGAAGCUUCCUGGCCGCACGCCCAUGCCCAAAGGCCCUAUGAAGGUGCCCGCGAGCUCGGGCGUCGAUAUUGGCCAGACGAUUCCCCCGCCGUUCCCUCCUCCUGCCGGACCCACUACGCCUCCCCCGGCGCCACCUCCACCUGCGACCUCUACGGGUGGCGUCGCUCCUGGAUCCAACCAGAAGUCAUGA